AUGGUUGGCAUUGGAAGUCCAACAAUCAAGCAAGAGUUAAAUAGCUUAUCACAAGCUCAAACUCAUAAUAAAAAUGACACAGGAACUUACAGGGGCCCUAAUCUGAGAAGAUCAUUGACUAAUGAAUCGAGUUACUCUGAUAGCAAAGAACUUUCUAGUCAGGUUGCACUUUCUUCUAGGUCAUCAACAAGUGCAUUUGGAUCUUGGGGUCAAGAUCUAAAAACAAGUCAAAUAGAUACUAAAAAUGGGAAUGCAAGCUCAAGUUAUUCAAAUGAAAAGAGUCGUGGAGAGAGGUUAUUAGAGACCAUUGUAACAUCUGGUGGUGUUCGUCUUCAACCUACUCGUGAUGUCAUUCAGGUCUGUGUGAAAGCCAUAUGUGUGCUUGAGGCGAUAUUGAGGAAGAAAAAUGAUGAACCUUUUUCCAUUGUCACCUCUUACUUUACUAAAAAUAUAGAUGUUGUGGUAAAAUGCUCCAAGUCUCCUCAAGCCUUUUUAAGGGAAAAGGCAAAUAAGCUAUCAUGGCAACUUUCAACAGUAGUUUUGGACCGGCACCUUCUUGCAGAAGAUAUCAUGUACAUGUUCUUGUGCUACUAUUGUGGAUUCGGGAACAUCCUUGCUUACUGGUCCAACUGUAUGCAUUUCAUGUGA